AUGGGCGCUAGUGCGAGCACUCAAGCACAUACUCCCUCUAGCGAUUCAGCAGCGCAGUGUCCUGUUGACCACAAGACUCGCGAGAUAUGGCUGCAACAACACAAGGGUUCUGCUCAAGAUGCCCCUCAUCCGAUCCCUGUGGCACCUAAUAGGAUGACUACUAGUGAUGCUGUCGGUACAAAGAACCAGCGGCCGUUAUCCAACGACCGUGAAAUCAGCACUAUACCACGGGCUAUCGAUCCACAUACACAAUCGUCCAGCGACAGCAAGUCGAAGAAUACGCAAACGCCGUACGGUUCCGCGUCGGGUUCACAUAUGAAUCCGUCGAAUUCAGAAGCAGAGACUGGCCACGAUGCCGCCUCGGGAAAUUGGAUUUAUCCUUCUGAGCGUCAAUUCUUUGAUGCGCUGGUUCGCAAGAGCAAUGUACCUGGAUCUACGGCGACGGCAAAAGAGCUGGCUACAUCGGUGGCAUCGAUCAUCCCUAUUCACAAUGCCGUGAAUGAGAAGGCGUGGUCGGAUAUUUUGGCUUGGGAGAGUAGGGCUCCGUCGUCGGAUCCCGGCAGCAAAAAGUGUGGUGGUCCAAAACUCUACUCAUUCCGGGGCCUGGGAACGGAGAGCCAGUUUGUAAGUCCUCGAGCACGGCUCAAUGGGUUAAUGGGCUACCAGUUGCCAUUUGAUCGGCACGACUGGGUCGUGGAGCGUUGCGGUGGUCAGCGUGUGGAAUAUGUGAUUGAUUUCUAUCAAGGCAAACAAACAGCCUCACCCUCACAGCAAAGUGGUAGCGGGCUCACUGGGGCUUCGGGGCCUGGGAAAUUGAGCUUCUAUCUGGACGUGCGGCCGAAACUGAAUAGUUUUGAAGGGUGGCGGAUGAGGUUUUGGCGAUUCUGGGGGCAGUAA